AUGGCCAACCCCCGCUGGCCAUCACUCUACGACCCCAGCCUCGAAUUCUUCGAAAUCCCCAACCACAACGCCGAACAGCCCGGCGCAGUCUACCUCUACCACUACUCCCAGAUAUUCACCUUCACGCUCUACUGGACUCUAUGUUUCUACUCCCCCUUCUUCAUCGCGUGCGCGGGUAUUGCUUUCCUCAACGUCUUGUUCCCGCCGAGGCGUAGUGUUAAUAAUGCGCUGAAGAAGCGGAACGAGCAGCGCUCGCGGAUCACGUUGGCGGUGAUCGUGCUGCUGGUGUUUUUGGGCAUCAGUGUCUUGAGUGUCGUGUGUGGGGCUACGGUUGUCUCGCUGGUGCUGAUGGGUCUCUUCCGGUCGGGUGGGUUUAGUUUUUCGACCUGGGUGCCCUUUUGCGGUGCGGGUAUCCUGGUUCUUGUGUCUCUGCUCAAUUCUUGGCCAUCGGUGAUUCAUAUCAUCUGA